AUGUUUUACGGAAAAGUAAUUAAGGCAGACGAGACGGUCGUACCGGAGAUUAAGGACGGAUACUCUGUUAUCCACCUGUCGAGAGCAUGCUUAAACAAUCCAGAAGAUGAAGGGAAGUUGUACGUACAAGUGGAAGAUGCCAAUGGGUGCUAUAACAUCUGCUGUUUGCAAAAAAACGUGUGCGAAGAUACCGCCUUGGAUAUAUUUUUAAUGCUAGAUAAUGAAGUAAAGCUAAAAACGAGUGGCAGUAAAAACGAAGUCCAUAUUGUUGGGUAUUACGAAGUGUCAUUUGGUCAGGACCAUCUGGAUGACGAUGAUGAGGAAGACGAAGAGUUGGAAGAUGAAGAUGACGAAUAUGAAAAUGAAGAGGUUAGAAUGCUUACGAGGAAAAAUACGCUGAAAAAUUCGCUAGCUAAUGGAUUUGGAAAAAAGAAGAAAAAAAAUUCUUUGGAUGAUGAUGACGAAACGAAUGUAGGAAAUAACGAUGACGAUGAUGAGGAUGAUGACGACGAUGAUGAUGAGGACGAAGAUGAUGAAGAGGGAGAAGAUGACGACGACGAGGACGACGAAGAGGAUGACGAUGAAGAUGAUGAAGAUGACGAGGAUGAUGAGGAGGACGAGGAAGAUGAUGAAGACGAUGAAGACGAUGAUGAAGAUGGGGGCAAAAACAAAGGAGAGAAAAAAAAGAACGGACCAAAAAAAAACAAAAAUAAGAGAGCGCUGGAUAACAAAAAUGAUGGCCCAUCCAAAAAAUCCAAAUUGUUUGACGAAAGUCAAUACGAAAAAGACCUCGUUGCAUUUUUAAAAAAAAAUGGAAAGUGCAAAUUGCCCGAGUUAGGAAAAGUCAAGAAGCCCGAAGGACUGAAAAUGAAAUUGGGGUUCUUUAUUAAGAAGCAUUCAAACGUAUUUAAGCUUGACACAGAUACCCAAGUGGUUUCGUUGAAGAAUAACUGA